CCCUUGAACUGAUUUCUAUUUUCUUCUUCAUUUAACUGGAAGAAAAUAAACACAAUGAAUUCGCUCACUUCCAAACUUGUAAAACAGUUAAGGGUUACUUCCGAUCUCUCUCAGGUCUCUUCUUCAUUAGCUAACUCACUAUCUCAAUCUCAACCUUCUGCUUCAUUAGGCUUAAGAAGAAGUUCAAGACUAUGGUACUCAAAUUCAAGAGAAUCAUUUAAUAAUGAUGAUGCUAAUGUAGAAGUAGAUACAAAUGGUGACUUUGAUGAUGAUGCUUUUCUUCCAAAUAAGAAAGAUUUAGAACCCCAGGGAGUUGAUCCUCAAAGAGGUUGGGGUUUUAGAGGUGUACAUAAGGCAAUUCUUUGUGGUAAAAUCGGGCAAGCUCCGGUUCAGAAGAUUCUGAGAAAUGGACGAACUGUCACCAUAUUUACACUUGGGACUGGUGGCAUGUAUGAUCAACGAAAUAUGGGUGCAGAACCAAAACCGGCGCAGUGGCACCGAAUCGCAGUGCAUAAUGAACAUCUUGGAGCUUAUGCUGUUCAACAACUCGUUAAAGGCUCUCCUGUUUUUGUCGAGGGGGACAUUGAAACAAGAGUGUACAAUGACAGCAUAAAUGGUCAAGUGAAAAAUGUGCCCGAGGUUUGUGUGCGCCGUGAUGGAAAGAUACGUCUCAUAAAAACAGGCGACGGUGUCACCAAUAUUAACUUUGACGACCUAAAGGACGGACUAUUCUAAGAGCGCAUUGAAAAUCUGUUUAUGUGAAUCCUCAAAGAGGAAGCUGCUGAGCAUCAAAAUCUGGAAUGACAAACGUAUGGUUUCUUUCCUUGGUUUGAUCUUGUAAUGCAAACCUUCUCAACAAGCAAAAUGAUAUGAUUAUUAAAUUUGUUUUACAUCUUCGUGAUCUCCUAUUGGCAUAGUUACUUUGUUAGGGUUCCUACUUUCUCAUUUGUGUAAGCACGUGAUUUGGAACCUUAUCUGUUAACAUAUUGUUACUUCA